GGAAGCUUUUCAUAUUCGCCGUUCAGAGUCUGCCUCCGCGCUCCUUUCUGUACGCUGGGGGCGAAGCGCCAGAUGGGUGACAACAUGAGCUCGUCAAUGCACGGAAAGUAUAUACCUUGUGCGCGUCACACAGCCUUAUAUAUAUAUAUGUAUAUAUAUAUAUAUAUAUAUAUAUAUAUAGACAGUGCCGACAUCGCUUUUCCGGACUUGCAACUUAUACGCCGAAGCGGCGCCAACGGGCGAACGUCGUAUAAACCUGCUAAGUUCUUUCCCCAUCAAGAAAAAAAAAAAAGAAAGCAGCGGAGGAAAAAUAAGCUAUUCUUCCAACUUGUUCAGCAAAGCACACAUGAACCUCUCUCUGGUACUCUCGGUGGUCGACGUGAUCAACGUUGGUGAGACUGCUGCUUCCCCUGACAGCCUCGGUGCCGUAUUAAGCCGGUGAUCAAACCCAGCGCUGUGUGGAUCUAGCCACAUUCGAGCAGGACAGGCAACCGACAACGAGCAACGAUGGCGGAAUGGUGGUUCUUCACGAAAGAACGACGUCCGCUAGUCGACCUGCUGUGCAUGCUGUACGGCCUGAGUUCGUGGCUCGCCAUCACGGGUCUGUGGAUGGAGCUGCCACUCCUCGUACACGCUCUGCCGGAGGGAUGGGCGCUGUCCGCCUCUCUCAGCCUUGCCAUCCAGCUCGGUAACGUCGGACCGCUUUUAUACGGAGUCAGUCGGUUCGUCUGGCCGCGCAUCUGGACGGGUCCGCGAGGCCUCAGCGUGGCCAACCACGUGCAGCUCUGCAUCGGGCUAGCCGCCUGCGUAGCGCUGGUCUGUGCCUGGAAGGUGACCGCCUCAAUACUGGGCCGAGAGACCAGCUUGGUGCUCCUUGUCGCUGCGUUCGCGCUUUCCAUCUUGGAUUGUACCUCAUCCGUGGUGUACUUACCCUUUGUGGGCCGCUUCCGGGAGGUGUACAUGACCUCGUACUUGGUGGGCGAGGGGCUGGGAGGCGUCGUACCCAGCUUGGUGGCAUUGGCUCAGGGACUGGAUGAACCGGAAUGUGUCAACGAAACCAGGUCGUCCGUGAAUAAAGUUGCAGUGAACUCUUCUGAGGUAGAAGAUCGUGUGGUUGCGGUGCUCCGGGUGGGGGCCACCAACUUCGACCCGGAGGUUUUCUUUGGUGUGCUGCUGCUGUUGGUGGUGCUCAGUUAUGCGGCCUUUGUUCUACUCGAUAACUGCAAAUCGUUCCAAACGGAAUGGCAGGAAGACUUUGUGCGUGAUGUGACGCGCCGCCGUCAGCUAUAUCCUGCAGCUCCGGAAGCCGUUCCACUGGAUGCUGUGCCUGUUGCUGAAGAAAAGAAGGAGGUGCUGUGCAAGCGAUACGCAGAAGCGCCGCUUACCCAGGGCGACGGCGAAGUAUCCUUCAAGCGCAGCAACUCGAAGCAGGGCUACUACAUCACGCUGUUAGCGAUACAGACAUGGGCCAGUCUGCUCACGUUUGGGUUCCUGCCCGCAAUACAGUCGUACUCGUGCCUUCCGUACGGACCCCGCGCCCUGCACCUCUCCGUGAGCCUGUGCGGCGUCGCCUACCCCGUCGCCUGCGCGCUCGCCAUGUUUGUGGCACUGCGACGGACGCGCCACUUGUGUGCUCAGACGCUGCUGGGCACGCUGGGCGCCGCCUACAUCACGCUGACCGCGGCCACCAGCCCCAACUCGCCGCUUGUGGACACCGACGCUGGAGCAUUCUUAGUGGCACCCCUGCAAGCCGUGGAAAAUGUUCAGCCACUAUCCCUGAGUCUCCCGAAAGGACCGUGGACUAAACAGAUGAAAGGCCUGUACAGAAGUUUUGCGGAGAGCUCCAUAUUGCAACACGAGAGGGUUCUAUCUGCUUCCAAACAUUGUGUUGCCGGCUAUAGAAUGUUCAAAGCUGAGAAGGUUCACGAUGCACUGCUCUGCGAAGCUGGUGGGCAGGUGUGCCUCAAAUCCACUGUCGAGGCAUCAUUUUCUGUGUCUAAACGCUACAAGGUAGCUGCAGCAAUUACAUCUGAUGGGCUCGUGAGGAAAGGCUGUUGCGACUGCCGUGCAGGAGCACCAGGAGUGUGCAAACAUGUGGCAGCUCUAUUAUGGUUUCUUCUGGACAUGAAGCGCUCUGGACAAGUUUAUAUUCAGGACACUGCUUCGUGCACUGGAAAGCCAAGAGCCUGGGCGACUGGGACGAAGCGUGGGAACACGCGCACGUUAAGGUUUUCUGAUUUGAACUUUGUGAAGCAUGUGCCCAACAAGGCAAAACAAAGAAAGCGUGCAAAAGAAAAUGCACGUGUUCAGUUAACUGAAGGAGACAUGCAAGGACUGCAUAAAACACUGUGCGAGGAAGACAUGCAUCAUAUGCUGCGUGACACCUUGCGGGACAACUCUUUUCUUCCAGUGCCCCUGCCAGUCAUCCAGCAGGAUGCGGUGCCACCGAAGCUAAUGCUUAGGCUCCCCGCCAAGGUGCUGUGGAGCGAGAAUGUACCAACAAGCUACAAUUUUGAAGACUGCUCUCUCACACUCCAAGAAGCAUGGGCGCUUGAAGAAAGCACAAGAGACCAGGGCAGCUCUGCUACAUGGUCCUUUGAGAGAGCAAAGCGCCUGACUGCGUCCCACUUUGGCGACAUUGUUAGCCGCCAGAAGCCAGCAGAUGAAAAGUUUUUGAAGCGAGUUUUUGGAUCAAGCACCUUGCAAACCAACUAUAUGAGGUACGGCUUGCUUAAUGAGGAGAGUGCUGUGCGGCGGUAUGUUGAGAACGGUGCGUCGAUUGAAGUGUACCAUUGCGGCCUGUGCGUCGACCCUGGUGUAGCAGUACUCGGUGCCACACCAGACAGAGUAGUGAAAGAUGGUGAUAGCUUUGGCCUUCUGGAAGUGAAGACUCUUUCAGCUGCUAGAGACCGAGAACUUCUCAGCAAUGCCAUUCAAACUGCAUCAUACCUGAAAGAUGGCUUGCUUCGUACCUCGCACAAGUACUAUUAUCAGGUACAAGGACCAAUGGCACUGACGGGACUUUCCUGGUGCGACUUUUUGGUUGACAAUGGCAUUGAGUGUACAGUCCAGAGGAUUCAAUUUGACAGUUUGCUCUGGACCAACAAAAUUAUGCCCCGACUCCUGCAGUUUUACAGACACUAUAAGCAGUGCCAAGUUCUUUCAGAUUGAAAUUUACACAAAUUGCGCGCAGUCAGGUCUUUGUUUUCAUUAACCUCCUCGUUCCCACAAUUUGUACUUCUCGGCCUGUUCGAACACAUGGGAAGAAAAUAGUUAACAGGCGAGUUUAACAGUCCCAAAGUGGGAAUGUUAGCAAUCAUGGACAGCGUAGUGGAGAGCUCCAUAUUAAUUCAGACAAACUAUGGUUUCUUUAACACGCGCUCAUAUCGCACAGCAGACUUUUUAACACAUGGAAGUCACACUGCUUCCCUAAUGCACGUGCAAAAUGACUGUUUGCUAUGGCGCUGAGCAGUUUUUGUUAAAAGGCCUCUAGAUCUCAAUCCUUCUGAUUAAACAAUGUAAACAGCCAAGAGGCAGUAUUUUUGCAGUUGGAAUAAGACAAACAAGAGUUGUGUGUGCAUUUUGUUUUUAAUUUUUCCACAGAGGUAAUACAGUAGUGUUUACACUUCUAAAUGUAUCAUUCAUUUGCAAAGUCUGCUUUUGGCAAUUUUUUUAUUGCAUUGUUCUCCACUUGUACCUUAUUGUUUUUAUUGUAUGUUUUUUCAGUGCAGUACAGAAGUGCGUUGUGUAACAAUGUACAAAACUAAGUGACGGACAAAAAGUGCAAUUUCUUUUUGCUAAUCAUUACAGAACUGUGAUAAGCUUACAACUUUCAUCAAAUUAUGUGCUCAAUGUAGUUAUGUUCAGUGCUCAGAUUCCCUAUUCAUUUGCAAUACAUAGUGUAAACAAUUAUUUCAUUGCAAUGUUCUUCACUUCUACCCGCAUAUGCUCCAUUUUAAAUAUUUUCUGCAUGUUGUUUCAUUACAGCACAAAAGCACUUCCACAAUAAAAGUGGGCAGAUUGAGAUGGUUGUGGGGCAGUUUGGUUAUUUAGUCAUUUUAGAGCUGUAAAAGGAGUGCAACUUUAGAAAACAUCAGCAGUAUUCAUGCAAUACGUCAGGCAUACUAAGUGUUCGCAUUCCUUACUCUUUCCAAUGUUGUGUUGAGAAGUAAAGCUUGUUUUUGACGAAUACUGCA